AUGAGGACAUGUGCUGUCGUCGCGGCAGUCGGCCUUGGGCUGCCCUCCGCCGUAGGGUUCGUGGCACCGAACGCCGGUGUCGCCAAGGGAGUGUCGUCGCCAUCGAGCCGAUGGAUUGACGCGGCAGCGUCGAGGCCAACGGCCGCCGCCACCAAGAGGGCCUCCAAGACCGGCCUCAGAAUGGCCGAGGCCGCCACCGCCUCGGGACGCAAGAUCUCGCUGGACAUGUACCGCAACAUCGGUAUCAUGGCGCACAUUGACGCCGGCAAGACCACGACCACGGAGCGCAUCCUCUUCUAUACCGGAAAGUCGUACAAGAUCGGCGAGGUGCACAAAAGCGCGGCGACCAUGGACUGGAUGGAACAGGAACAGGAACGUGGCAUCACUAUCACCUCCGCGGCCACCACGUGCGCGUGGAAGGACCACCGGAUCAACAUCAUCGACACCCCGGGCCACGUGGACUUCACCCUGGAGGUGGAGCGGUCCCUCCGCGUUCUCGACGGCGCGGUGGCGGUGUUCGACGGGGUGGCCGGGGUGGAGCCGCAGUCGGAGACGGUGUGGCGGCAGGCGGACAAGUACGGCGUACCGCGCAUGUGUUUCGUCAACAAGAUGGACCGCACCGGCGCCAACUUCUACCGCGCGGUUCAGAUGAUCAAGGACAACUUGAAGGCCGUGCCGGCGGUGCUGCAGCUCCCGAUCGGUAACGAGGCGGACUUCCUCGGCGUCAUCGACCUCGUCGCCAUGACGGCGAUCACCUGGAACGGAGAGCAGCUCGGCGCCAACUUCGACGUUACCCCGCUGGCGGAAUCUACCCACGUCGACGACGAGCUGAAGGAGUCGGCAGCCAAGUACCACGAGGAGCUGGUUGAGCUGGCGGUGGAGCAGGACGAGGACGUCAUGAUGGCCUACCUCGAUGGCGAGGAGCCUUCAGUGGAUGUGCUCAAGAAGUGCCUGCGUAAGGGCACCCUGGAGAACGUGUUCGUGCCGGUGCUGACAGGGACGGCCUUCAAGAACAAGGGCGUGCAGCCCCUUCUGGACGCCGUGGUGGACUUCAUGCCCUCGCCCAUCGAGGUGGAGGCGAUCAAGGGUGUUUCGGUCGACGGGGAGACCGCGAUGAACCGCCCCUCGUCGGACGACGAGCCUUUCGCAGCCCUGGCCUUCAAGAUCAUGUCCGACCCUUUCGUCGGCACCCUCACCUUCACCCGCAUCUACUCGGGCGUCCUCAUGUCCGGCACCAACGUGUUCAACUCCGUCAAGGGCAAGACCGAGCGCGUCGGCCGCAUGCUCGAGAUGCACGCCAACAACCGUGAGGAGAUCAAGGAGGCCAGAGCCGGCGACAUCGUCGCUCUCUGCGGACUCAAGGACACCACCACCGGGGAGACGCUGUGCGUGAAGGAUAAGCCGAUCAUCCUUGAGAAGAUGGACUUCCCCGACCCCGUCAUCAAGGUGGCCGUGGAGCCCAAGACCAAGGCGGACCAGGAGAAGAUGUCCACCGCCCUCGCGCGUCUCGCCGCCGAGGACCCGUCCUUCCGCUUCUCUCGCGACACCGAGACGGGCCAGACCGUCAUCGAGGGCAUGGGCGAGUUGCACCUCGAGAUCAUCGUGGACCGCAUGAAGAGGGAGUUCAACGUUGAGGCCAACGUGGGCGCGCCCGAGGUGGCGUACCGCGAGGCGAUCACGAGGCCCGCGGAGGUGGACUACACCCACAAGAAGCAGUCCGGCGGGUCUGGGCAGUUCGCUCGCGUGAAGGUCAAGUUCGUGCCGGCGGACAUGGACGAGGACGGAGCCACGUCCGACUUCGAGUUCGUAUCCGAGAUCAAGGGUGGAGCCGUGCCCAAGGAGUACAUCCCCGGCGUGCAAAAGGGUGUGGAGUCGGUGCUGUCCAACGGUGUGCUGGCCGGCUUCCCCGUGCUGGGCAUGAAGGCGGUCCUCGUCGACGGCGCCUUCCACGACGUCGACUCCUCCGUCAUGGCCUUCGAGAUCGCCGGCCGGGCAGCGUGCAGGGAGGGGCUCAGGAAGGCCGGCGCGCGCCUUAUGGAGCCCAUCAUGCAGGUGGACAUCAUCACCCCCGAGGAGUACAUGGGUGAUGUCAUCGGCGACAUCAACUCCCGCCGCGGCAGCAUCGUAGAGCUCUCGGACAGGAAUGGGUUGAAGCAAGUGGAAUCCACGGUGCCCCUCGCGAACAUGUUCCAGUACGUUUCGACCCUCCGGUCGGCGACGAAGGGGCGAGCUAACUACUCGAUGCAAUUGCUUAAGUACGACUUCGUCCCACCGAACGUGGAGAAGGAAGUCGUCGCGAAGUACGGCAUGAACAGGGCUGACGACGAGGAGGACUAAGGCCACACCCCUCGAACGUCCAAAAGCUGUCGUUUUUUUUUUUUUUGUGCCGACGGGCUUAAAUAACCCUCCGAAGGCGCGCGCGCCUCCGGAGUGGGCCGGCCGUGUGAAAUCUGACAUUUUUUGUUUUCCUCUCUCGAGAAUGAGGUGAUUGGAAAGGUUUCCCAAUGCCGGGACCUUCCGACAGCGAGUAGUAGCCAUUGCGCGGUCGUAAACCGAGUCCCUGGUGACCUCAAGCCCGGGUGAUCUCGGGGCGUUGGAGUUGAGCGUUGGGGGGUUAGAUGUACGUUAGACCUGUUUUGGCAUCUGCUUCAAGCUCGACCGUCGCGUUUUUGUCGUUGUGUGGUCACGCGGCCGCAUGUGUUUAAUCGGUUGCAUUAGAGCGCGCUCCCCAGACAUUCGGAGGAGGCAAGAGAGCUUUUGUUAAAUGUCCCAAGGCGAUUUUGAGUUUUCAUCUAGUUUCCUUCUUCCGUGGAAUAUUUAUUGCGGUGAAUUUGGUGUGGCGUUUAGUUUUGUCGGGGUGGAGGCGACGACUUGUCUCUCUUGUCUACAGCGGGGCAAUAACCAUACGUCGGCUGUCUCUUGCAUACGGUAGCAAAGUGUCCAUCCGUGGGAGCAAAAGUUUUGGCAAAGUUUAGAGGUUGCUGGGUUGGACUUUGACGCACGAGAGAGGAUAGAACGGCAACAACGCGGUUAAAAAAAACUAUAAAAACUGAGAAACGGG